CUUAUUUCUGUUUUGCUCACAAAAAUUCAAUUAAAAUUGCCAUACUGUAAUAAUUUUGUUUGUUAAAUUUCUUUUAUGCUUAAGACCAAAUAUGGGAAUGUUUAUUUUAAAAAUAUUUUAAUUGUAAAUAUAACGUGCAUACACUUACUAAUUGCAUAAGUCUCUAAAAGUUAUUUAAAAGUGCAAAUGUUAUUAUUUGGAAGAAGCUCUAUGAAAUAUUGUCUGAGCCACAUUUUAUUGCAUUGUGCAACCCUGCAACACAUGUUUUGUGUUCGUUGCUUUUUUGCAAAAUAUGUAGACCACAACAAAAAUAAAGAUUGGGGAAAAUUUCGUUGAUUUAAGCACAAUGACGGAUCAAGUGCGCGCGGGUUUAGGUAACUUACCAAAAAAAUUUGAAUUCUUAUCAACACCGAUUUCGCGGGGAUCACUACGUGGAUUGAAGCGUUGCCCCGGCUGUGGCCAGCUUAAUGGUGUACGUAGUUCUAUAUGUCGAAAUCAAUUUUGUAAAUUACGAAAAGAGGCGCUUCGUACGCAUAUACCAUUAGAUCCAGUGCAGCUGGAAAGUCUAGAUAAACAGAAGUCACUAUACUCCCUACGCAAAAAGGAACAGAAUGCACAACCUCGCAACUUUGUGUUAAUUACAGCAUCAAGCAAAAGCGAUACAAAAAAAUAUGAAUGUUACAACUGCAGCCCUGCAGCAUCAAAUAAUGCAGAUCUUUGCAAGCAUAUUUUAGCUUGUACAACCAAACCAGAUUCGCCUCCGAACGCGGAAGUCUUCACUAUUUCCCGCGAUGUAUUGUGGAACUUGAACAGCUUAGAUAAUGAACACAAGGAACGUUUGUGGAAUACUUAUCAACAAGAAGAAAUUAAUGUGCCUGCAGUGCAACGUAUAUCCAAUUCCUUAUUUGUGGUGAAAUGUGAAAUAUCGAAAGUAUUUCCAGCUGGACGAUUACAUGUCACAGCUAUCGGUAAUGGCUGUUCUACAAAAAAGGGAAUAUAUUCCUGUUCAUGUAAAAAACUGAAAAUCAUUGUUGAACCUGAUAAUUCCGUUGUAAUGCAGGAAGAGGUGUGCGAUCACAUCCUUUUAGUUUUGGCGGCUGUUUUAAGUAAUCGCAAAGGUAAGGCGAUGUUUGGAAAUUUCGCAAGCGCAUUGAAAUCGUAUUGGAUGCCUACUUAUAUUGAGACGCCAAUUGUGGACUCAACGCAGGAGGACGCACUGUUUGGUUUGAGCAUUGAUAUCGGUGGAAACUUUGACAUGGGCGGUGGUGAUAGUCGACCAGUCGAUGAUAUUUUUAUUUAUAAUAGUGAUUUUAUGUCUGGUGGGAAUAUUCCCGACUUCGAAGACAUUAUCCUGAGUAAUCCGUCUAAAUCUAUAGAACAACUACAUAACCAAAAUAUAAUGGAUAAUUCCAUAGCUACAAAUUCAAACACAAAUCACAGCGAUAUACUACAUCCUGGUGAUCCGAAUUUAGGUUUAAGCUUUGCCAUUACUGCAGAAGACAUAGAGGAUAUAAAAUUUCAUGAAGCUCCAUUCAUCAAUGGCGUAAAAUCUCUGUCAUCAUCAGCACUAGCCAACAAUGUGACAACUGCACAUUUGGAGCUGAGUGAUUGCAAAAUCGAGUUAAUGGACCAAUUUGAACUCACCGAUCAAAUUGACUUAUCGACAACUGAUGACAUCACGUUGCAGCAAGAUCAUACAUGGCUAGGGAACGGUAUAAGUAUAUUGGAAGCGCCAAUACUAAAUAAUACAACACCGAUCGAUAGUUGCGCUACAGAGUCGACAACUCUAGAAAACGCAGAUUUAACACAUUCUACAACCAUUUACAAUAAUAAUUCGCUAUUAAAGUCCAAUCACGUGGUCGAGGCACCACCAAUCCAGUUACCCACCAUUGCAGUGGUCAAGAAAUGCCCAGUUAAAGCUUCCGAGUUGGUGAAUAGUUUAAAUACACGUAAAUUUCCACCAUUACCGGAAAAGAGAUCGAUAAUCGUUAAUGGUGUUACUUCUUUGGAACAGCGUCCAGCAAACGAUGAGAGUAUAGUCUCAAGUAGCGAAGAACCAUCGCUAGCCUUUUCAUCGUGGCUGGACUAUGUUAUUGAGGUUAUCAAUGAUAGUGUUGGUAUUGUGGAAGAAAGGAGUGUGGAGCAUAUAUUCCAUGUUCAUGAGGAAAUAUUUGCUCACUUUAGCAAAACUUUCAGCACCGGUAUAAAGCUGCGUAUGCCUAGCAGCACAACUGUUAUAAAAACGGGAAAAUACAAAGGGCUUAUAAAGUAUGUUUGGUACUUUACGAAUGCAUCGACGGUGCGUCGCAUUUUCACCACCAAAAAUAUUUCGUUGGAGACGGAACGCAUUUUUGAAUACAGUUCCGAUGGCGAAUUUGUGCCAUAUGUAAUACAACCAAUUGUGCCUACUACUAACGGCAAAUACAAACGGGUUUAUCCCAAAUUGUCGCUAUAUAAGACACAUAUUUGGCUUGAAAGUGGCAACAGCGAAUAUAAAAAUAGUUUUAAACUUGAGUGGCUACCCAGUGCCUUUCCAAAGAGUCACCAUGGCAUACUGAAGCUGGAAUUCACAGUGGGUGUACAGGAUCCAGAGGAAAUGCAAAGAGCGAUUGUGGGAAAAUGAACGUAGUUAUAUAGCAAAAGUAUUAUAUAAAUAUCUCAGCAUAGCAAGCUAAUAAGUCUCGUGAUACUCAUACUUGUAUAUAUGUAUAUAGCAUAUUUAACUCUGUGAAAAAUACUAAAAUAAUAGUUAUUCAUUGUUUAUAGCACGUUAUUUAUCAAUAUUAGUUACUUAAUUUCGCUGCUAACUUUAAUCAUAUAAUUUUCUUUUGUAACUAAACUAAGUAAAUUGCAUUAUUAGCAAAUGUAGUAAUUAAUUUUUAUAUUUAAGUGUGAAGAACUGAAUAUAUGAAAUUUUUCAAGACUUUAAAAAUAAAAAAUAAAUUAUUUUAUUUUGAAUGUUUGUCUUGUAUGGAAAAAU